UGCGUGUUCUGGACUGACUGACUGACUGACUGACGCUGUCCGCUGGCUGGCAGGCAGGCAGGCAGGCAGGCAGGCAGGCAGGCAGGCAACGGUGGACGGCAACGGUGCGCUGCCUCUGAAGUGAAAAGAAGCCGUAGACAGCGAAAGUGAAAGGAGGGCUCCAUAACUGUGAAACGCACCUAGCACGCAGUCCCCAUACAGACAGACAACAUAGGGAGAGAGGCCCCGGGUCUAUCGCUUCCAGGCAGCAGCGGCUCAGCGGACACAGCCAUGGCUAACAUCGCGGUCCAAAGGAUCAAGCGGGAGUUCAAAGAAGUUCUCAAAAGCGAAGAGACAAGUAAAAACCAGAUAAAAGUAGAUUUGGUGGAUGAGAACUUCACAGAGCUGAGGGGGGAGAUAGCAGGUCCUCCAGAUACACCAUAUGAAGGUGGCAGGUAUCAGCUUGAAAUAAAAAUCCCAGAAACCUAUCCUUUUAACCCGCCAAAGGUGCGUUUCAUCACUAAGAUCUGGCACCCUAAUAUCAGUUCUGUGACGGGGGCAAUAUGUCUGGACAUUUUAAAAGACCAGUGGGCAGCUGCUAUGACACUGCGGACAGUGCUAUUGUCUCUACAGGCUCUCCUAGCUGCAGCAGAACCAGACGAUCCACAGGAUGCAGUAGUGGCCAACCAGUAUAAGCAGAACCCAGAAAUGUUCAAACAGACUGCAAGGCUGUGGUCUCAUGUCUAUGCUGGCGCUCCUGUCUCCAGUCCUGACUACACACGUAAAAUAGACAAACUCUGUGCCAUGGGCUUCGAUAAGAAUGCAGUAAUAGCCGCCUUAUCUUCAAAAUCCUGGGAUGUGGAAACGGCGACAGAGCUGCUCCUCAGCAACUGAGAGCCAGCCAGGUGUGAAGAUCCCAAACAAACUCCCUUCGUCACCGCAUCAGCUCCUCCCCGGCACAUUCCACCAUUGCCUUUUGUUACACAGACAACACCCCAUUCACCACAGCAGUCUGAGCCUUCUUUUAUAACAAGUGUGUUUGCAACAAACUCAACACCGGUAGCACCACAAUCGCCAAUAUGCGCACCACACUGUUGCCUGUCUGAUCCCAUCUGUCCAUUAUGCUGAGUCUCUCAAAAUCAAAAUGUGUAUCCCUGUAAUAAGCCCUGAAAACUUUCAAUCAUGCAUCUUGUCUUCCAUGCCCUUUAAUCAUAUUGACUCUGAAACUUUUAUUCACAAAUUUGUGUUCCUUUUAAAUAUUGCAAAGAAUCAAAAGAACUGCCACUGCCUGGUGGAUCCUCCAGCGUAAAAUUUUAAAGGAAAUCCUGCGUACUGCUCUCACAGCACAUCACCAUUCACUCCUUCAGUAGCAAGAUGGACCUCGUGUUAGAUUAUUCUCUCUCUUAUGGACAUUUGAUACUGUAAAGGUCCAGCUGGAUUUAAAUUUACUUGACUGGAUAGUGUUCUGCAUGAGCAGUGUAGCGGAUUUUUCCUGAGCAGUUUAUCAGAGAUGCUUCAAUCAUCUGCAGAGGUUUGGAUGUACAAAGGUUUUUCUUCCUGUCUGUAGAAGUAGAACAAGUCACACAGACAUCCUCCUCAUCUGCACACAUACACACCAGAAAAAAGUUAUCUGUAAAUAGGUGCGUGUAAAUUUGAAAAUACAACGGGGAUAUACUUUUUUUCUUACAUGGCAUUGUAAAACAAAUUAUUUUAAAUAUAAACUAUGCCUAGUUUACACUUACAAGGAAAAGGUAUCUUUUUAUGCUUUUGUGACCCACGGGAGAUCUCUCUGAAUGUCCUGUUGUUUUCUUUUUAAGAUUGUUGUUUAGAGGUGGCACAGCCAAAAUCCUGGCCCUGAUGGUGCAGGAGGUGACAGCCAGCUCAGGCCCCUGAAGGGCCAUCACAUGCCACCUUUUCUGCUACACCACAAUCCAACCUUUCCGUGUGUCUUCUAUCUUCCUUGCAUGUUCUAUGCUGCUUCCCUAUUUUGUUUGGCUAAAAGAUGUGGUGAUGGGGUGUCUGUUCGAUUUAACAUCCCUUCAGAUUUGUGGAACCCGCGCGACUCUUCCUAAUCCGUGGAGAGAGACGCCUGGAACUUCUGCUCGGCAAGCCACU